UUUGGCUUGUGGUGCUGGUGGUGGUGAGGCGGCCGGCUGGUCCGCUCCCCCGUGGCCGGGGUCUCCGCCCUCCGUGUGGCCCCCACGCGGCCACAGAAACCCAGGGUUCACGGGGCGCCCGGGGGUUUUCCUUCUGCCCGCCAAGCCGAGGGACACAGAGGCCUGGAUUGGAACCUCGGGACGCGCCGCCUCUGCGCGCAUGCGCUCUCCGCGCCGGUCCUGUCAACAUGGCGCCGGUGGAGCACGUCGUGGCUGAUGCCGGGGCUUUCUUGAAGGACGCACCUCUGCAGGACUUCGGGAGACAUAUCUACACCAUCCGGGAGGUGGUCAGCGAGAUCCGGGACCGGGCCACGCGCCGGCGCCUCGCGGUCCUGCCGUACGAGCUGCGGUUCAAGGAGCCGCGCCCGGAGUGCGUGCGGCGGGUGACUGAGUUUUCAAAGAAAACUGGAGACUAUCCCAGCCUCUCAGCCACAGAUAUCCAGGUGCUGGCACUCACUUACCAGUUGGAAGCAGAUUUUGUUGGGGUGUCUCACCUAAAACAAGAACCAGAAAAGGUUAGAGUGACCUCCUCCAUUCAGCAUCCAGAAACCCCUCUGCACAUUUCUGGCUUCCAUCUGCCCUCCAAGCCUAAACCCCCUGCAGAACCGUCAGAUCGUGGGCUGGCAGCCGAUGGUGCUGAGAGCCUCGAGUUCAGUUCCUUUGUGUUCUGGAGGAGCCCCCUGCCUAACAUCGACCAGGAGCUGCAGGAGCUGCUGCUUGAAGGAGGGGAGGAGGAGGAGGAGGAGAAAGAAGAUGGAUUUGAAGAUAGGAAAGAAGACAGCGACGACGAUGGAGGUGGGUGGAUAACGCCCAGCAACAUCAAACAGAUCCAGCAGGAGUUGGAGCAGUGUGACGAGCCCAAGGACGUGCGGGUCGGCUGUGUGACCACAGACUUCGCUAUGCAGAACGUUCUGCUGCAGAUGGGGCUGCACGUGCUGGCGGUGAACGGCAUGCUCAUCCGAGAGGCCCGGAGCUACAUCCUGCGCUGCCAUGGCUGCUUCAAGACGACGUCAGACAUGAGCCGCGUGUUCUGUGCACACUGUGGGAACAAGACCCUGAAGAAGGUGUCCGUGACCGUCAGCGACGAUGGCACCCUGCACAUGCACUUCUCCCACAACCCCAAGGUGCUGAACGCCCGAGGCCUCCGGUACUCGCUGCCCACCCCCAAGGGGGGCAAGUACGCCGUGAGCCCCCACCUGACGGAGGACCAGCGCUUCCCCCAGCUCCGGCUUUCCCGCAAGGCCAAGCAGAAGACCGACGUGUUCGCCCCUGACUACAUCGCCGGCCUGUCUCCCUUCGCCGAGAACGACAUCACCAGCCGCUCGGCCAUGCUGCAGGUCCGGGAUGGCGCCCUGGGGGCCGGCCGGAGGCGGUUAAACCCCAACGCUUCCAGAAAGAAGUUCGUGAAGAAGAGGUGAAGCCCGAGGCCCUGCAAGUGAACUGCACCACGCCGCAGGCUCGGUGCCGGGCUCGGGGUGCCAGCGGCCCAGCCCCCAGCUGCACUGCCUGCCGGGGCAUCUGCAUCUGCGGGGAGCGGCCGGCCGCCAAGCCCAGCCGCCAAGCCAGGCUGCCCGUGAUCCCCUAGGCUGGAGAGGGGGCGCCCGGCCGGACCCGCGCCACCCACACGAGCAGGAAUUUCAUGCACGCAGAGGACGCCGCCCUGGAGCAGAUUCUACACCUUCAAAGGAGGGGGGCUCCACGUGGCGAUAUUUUUCUAAUAAAGGUCGCCAGCUCGA